AAUUUUAAAAUACUAGUGUAAAAUGUAAGUGUUUACAAAAUGUCCUUUACUUUGAAUUCAGAUCUAUAGCAGAGAGCAGAAAAGAGUAAAUUUUCCGAAAAAGUGAGUAAAAAUGAAGAUCAAUCCACCAAUGUUAUUGCAGAUUAGCAGAUCGUAUAUUAAACUAGUCAAAGCUGACAAUUUUCAAAUAUGGUUUGGUAGAUAUUUUUCUCACACUGAAACUCCAACUACCAACUCUAUUGUUAAUGAUUCAUUAGCUGUUCCCAUUUCAACUUCUUCCAUGGAAUCCGAUAACUCCCAGAAGAAGGCAACUGAUUCAACAUGUGUUUCGAAGACUGUAUUAUAUUCUUUCUGGCAAAGUUCAUGUUCUUGGAGAGUUCGUUUCGCCUUAAAUCUCAAAGGGCUUUCUUAUGAAUAUAGAGCAGUCAACCUUGACAAAGGAGAACAAUUCACUUCAGAGUUUGAUAAAUUAAAUCCUCUUCAUUAUGUUCCUGUAUUGGUUGAUGGUGAUGUGGUAAUUUCGGACUCCUAUGCAAUUUUACUGUAUUUAGAAGAGAAAUAUCAUCAGAGACCCCUGUUGCCAGUUGAACCUCAAUUAAGAGCUCUCAAUCUUCAGGCAGCAAGUAUUAUCAGCUCUAACAUGCAGCCACUUCAUAUGUUGUCAGUGCUGAGGUACAUGGAGGAAAGGGUUGGCCCCGAGGAGAAACAAUUAUGGGCAAAAUUUCACAUACAAAAAGGUUUUGGCGCUCUUGAAAAAUUGCUGACGGGUUCUGCUGGAAAGUAUGCUACAGGAGAAGAAGUAUAUAUGGGUGGACAUUGCAGGCUGACGUGUUUUUGUUACCUCAAAUUGCAGUGGCUACUAAAAGGUUUAACAUUGACAUGUCUGAGUUUCCCACCUUAAGGAAGAUAUAUGAUUCUUGUGAAGCAUUACCAGAAUUCCAAGCUUCUUUGCCAGAACGACAGCCUGAUGCUGCCCUCUGAGCUUAUAUGCUAAAUGCAUAGUUGCAAGAAAAUAUAAAACUGUAGGUUGUGUUUAAUAUAUGUUGUAAAAUGUUUUUUUUAUUAUUAUUAUUAUUAUGAAAAUCUUAUGAAAGAAAAGAUUGUUGAAAAAUGUUGAAAUAUGGAAGUUUUGUAUUAUGUCUGAGAAAUUAGGUUAUUCACAUUUUUUUGUGAUGUGUAAGAAAUUCAAUUAUAAUCUGUGAAGGAUUUAUAAUUUGUA